CUCGAUGGCCGCCACGGGCGAGCUGUUUUCCAUCCAGCCUGCUGGCAGUGCUUUUCUUGACGGUUCGGAUGAGCCUUCGUCAUCAUGGUGUCCUGCCCCAUCUGUAGCCAGCCGGUGUCGUCCCUGAAGAUUAACGAUCACAUCGAUUCCGACUGUCAGAACUUCAUCGAGGAGCCAUCCAGCUCAGGCGAGACCCCCGCCACUCAGAAGGCUCAAGUUCCCAGCUUCUUCCAGCCAACCUCCGCUCGGAAAGCCUCCACUCAGUCGAACGGCCAGAGAGAUCAGAAUGUCACUUCCUCCCCUCUGCGCAACGUCAAUGGCAAGCGGACAACGACGCACGAUGCCAAGUCCUCGGAGGUAUAUGAUCGAGUGGAGACCGGCCAGUCACAAGUUGAGCCAAAGAAACCAAAGGUGAGCGCAUUACAGAAGGCAGCACCACUGCCGGAACGGAUGCGCCCUCGGACUCUGGAUGAGGUCUGCGGGCAGGAGCUCGUAGGUCCGAACGGCGUACUCCGCGGACUCAUUGAGCAAGAUCGGGUUCCCAGUAUGAUACUCUGGGGUGGUCCGGGGACGGGGAAGACAACCAUUGCUCGGGUGAUUGCGUCGAUGGUGGGGAGCCGAUUUGUCGAGAUCAACAGCACCAGCACUGGAGUUGCGGAGUGCAAGAAGAUCUUCUCCGAAGCGAAAAGUGAACUGAGCCUGACGGGACGGAAGACCAUCAUUUUCUGCGACGAGAUCCAUCGCUUCUCCAAGUCACAGCAGGAUGUCUUUUUGGGGCCGGUGGAAAGCGGGCAGGUCACGCUCAUUGGCGCCACCACGGAGAACCCUUCCUUUAAAGUGCAGAAUGCCUUGCUUUCGCGGUGUCGGACAUUCACGCUGUCCAAGCUUACGGAUGAAGAUAUCAUGUCGAUCCUUCACCGGGCCUUGAGGGUGGAAGGACCGAAGUACUCCCCCUCUGAAUUGGUCGACGAGGAGUUGAUCAAGUACUUGGCCCGGUUUGCCGACGGUGACGCGCGGACCUCCCUCAAUCUCCUCGAGCUCGCCAUGGACUUGUCCAAGCGGCCAGGGAUGAGCAAGGACGAGAUCAAGCGGGCUUUGACCAAGACGCUUGUCUAUGACCGGGCUGGGGACCAGCACUAUGACACCAUUUCCGCCUUCCACAAAUCUAUCCGGGGCAGCGACCCCGACGCGGCGCUGUACUAUCUGGCUCGCAUGAUCCAGUCGGGAGAAGACCCGCUCUAUAUUGCGCGACGUCUUAUUGUUGUCGCGUCGGAGGAUAUUGGGCUAGCCGACAACAGCAUGCUCACACUUGCCAUCUCGACCCAUUCGGCGGUGGAAAAGAUCGGGCUUCCAGAAGCACGGAUCAACCUGGCACACGCGACCGUUGCCAUGGCACUCUCCCCGAAGAGCACGCGGUCGUACCGCGGCCUGAACAAUGCGUUCGCCGCGCUGGCAGAGCCGGGCGUUGCCGGGCUACCCAUCCCGAUUCAUCUGCGAAAUGCGCCGACCCGACUGAUGAAGGAGCUCGGAUACGGCAAGGAAUACAAGUACAACCCUAACUACAUUAAUGGCGAGGUGGCCCAGGAGUACCUUCCGGAGCAACUCCAGGGACGGGCGUUCCUCGAGGAUCGGGACCUGGGGUAUCAGAUAGACCCGGAUUUGCCGUAGACUCGGCUUCCUGCAUAAGUAAUGUAGGCGAGGGCCUCAUCGCGAUAUCGAAGCGCACCACAUCGGGUUGGUUGCCCUUGGCAGUUACGACCCAAGACUAGCGUUGGAUGCUUGAAAGAAUUGCAUCUACGUUAGGUCUGGACAUUACGCCAGUCUGCUAGAUACAUGGCAGGGCCCUGUCUGUCAAUCUAUGCUGCGUCUAGCAGUUGCUCAUCACGGGAGUCACCACACAUGGCGAUUGGAUAUAUGGCUAUGGAAGAAGGCAUAUCUCGAACAGUAUGAAUAGGGGCUGAUCAGCCAGAAAUGGCUCUUGACAGCAGAUACA